AGGUCCGUGGCCACCUUGGCUCAAGCUUGUCGAGGUCGCUCUCUCCGCGCGCAGAGCCCGAAGCCAAGGCCGGCCCCCCUGCUCGGCGAGCACAGGCCGCUGCGAUGGAGUUGCGGGUCGAGGCUGCGGAAGGCUGCAGCAUGCCGAGCGGCUGCUACGUGGGCGUGCGCGUCGGGGAGACCCUGAAGCAGGGCCGGUACGAGCCGCAGAGGUGCUACCACUUCCCCCAGGUCGACAGGCGACGCAACGCGAAGAUCGACCUCUACCAACACGUCGGCACGUGCACCGUGGUCGCGGACCCUGAGGCGAAGUCCACACACGACGUCGCGGUCACCAGCACCGACCCGAGCUGGCAGGGCGCCAGGCUCAAGGUCAGCGUGCAGUCUCAGGUCGAUGACUCCGCGAAGAAGCAGAGGGAGGCGCGGAUGAAGACCCUCAAGAGCCAGGCCAACGACUACUUGUCGAAGCACAACAUCGAGGAGCGGCUGUCGGAGGCGGUGAAGGCGCUCCUGAAGGAGCAGCCCGCCGACCCGACGGACUUUCUCUGCAGGGUCCUGCGCAGCGGCGACGCCACGGCGCCCGUCGCGCCUGUGGCACCGCCGGAGCAGCAGUCUGCGCCCCCGCCGCCCGCCGCGGCAGUCGCCCAGGCGGACCUCGAGAGAGAGCGCCGGACGUCGGAGUUGCGGGAGCAGGCGGCGGAGGUCUUGAUCAAGGCCAGCGCGGACGGGGAGCUCCAGAGGCUGCUCGAGGGCAUGAAGAGGGAUGCGGAUCCCCCAGCAGAGCCAGCGCCGGCCUGCCAGGCCCCGACGCCGCCCGCCGCGACCAUGGCGGUCGCCAGCAGGCCGCUGCCGCAGAGGCCGGCGAUGCUGAUGAGUUCGAUGUCGCAGUGCGGCCCGGCCUUCCACAGCAUGGGGAUGCGGCCGGCGAUGCUCUUCAUCUGAGCCUGGCCCCCGCCCGCGCCCGCCCUUUCGGCGGGCUCAGGGCGCGCGCCAGCGGCUCCGAGGGAGUCUAAUAUUCAAACCGUCUCACGCGUUGCCACAACAGGCGAGGGACCCGGCCCUGUCGGGCGCAGAACGGUGCGGCCCGGGGGCCGGGCGUGGAUGGGGAGAAAGGUCAGCGAGGCGGAGGAUGAGGGGAGACAGGUAGCGAGGACUGCACGGCGCUCCUGCGACGCCACCCAACCUCCUGCCAGGGGCAGCCCGCGAUGUCGGGCCGUCCAGGGUCGAACUGAGCUGCAAACUGUUUAGUGCCUGCUCCCACCAGAGUGGCGCUCUCUGCCUUCUCGCAAGUCGUCUAGCUUAGCUGACACGGUGAGGCUUCGGCGGCCCCGGCGCGCGCUGAUCUGAGAAAUUCUCGGCCUAAGAGGCGGAGAA